GUGAUGGAAACCCCCACUCACAGCACCGUCCACCUGAGUGACUGGCAGAAAAGUUACUUUGCUAUUACCUCUGGCACCUGCACACCUGGACAGAAGGCAGAUGAGUACCGUGCCAAAAUCCUGCAUAUUCAGUAUGCAUGGGCAAACUCUGAGAUCUCUCAGGUCUGUGCUGCCAACCUGUUUAAAACAUACGCAGAGAAAUACUCCUCAAUUAUUGACUCUGACAACAUCGAGACUGGCUUGAAUAACUACGCUGAAAACAUUCUGACUUUGGCAAAGUGUCAGCAAAAUGACAGUGACAAGUGGCAAUCUGCCUUGACAACAGAUAAUGUAUUUGAAUUAAAGUGUGUGCAAGAGAGGAUGCACACUGGCAAAAAUUUCCAGAGCUCUCAGAUGGCACCAACAGAUGCCUGUGUACUAGCUGAUAAAGGGGUCAGUGCCUCUGCUGCUCCAGAUCUUCCUAAACUCAGUGUCUGCAGCAGUGACAGAGAGACUGAACUCUGUGCUGGCUCAGCAAAAUGUGCUGAGCAUCCCUCAUCUUCAAAAUCUCUUCAAAGCAGUGUGCCUCCUGUGACCAAAACUUCGGAUGUGCUUCCUGCCUCUUCAGCCUCCUUAAACGAACAGCUUCAUACAGGCUCCCAGGCAUCUCCACUGUUUGGAAGCAAAGAAGUGACAAGUAGUAGUUCCCUGAAAAUGUCAGGUAACUGUCGUGAUGGACAACAUUUGUCUCUUUCCAAUCAGUCAGCUGUACCUGCGUGGUCCACAAGUUCUGGGAAAAGAAAAGCGUUUUAUGGUCUGGCUGAUGAAGGCAGCACAGUGAUGCCAAGCCUUGCUGCUUGCCAGGCUUCCAUUAGUACAGAAACCAGUAGUUUUUCAGGGUACAGAAACAGAAAUGAAGAGAGCGGUGUUCCUGGUUUUAGAACUGCAAAAGAACAGCUGUGGGUGGAUCAGCAAAAGAAGUCUCAAAACCCACCCCAGCGUGCACCAGUCUCGUCAUAUGGAGGUGUUAAAAAGUCACUGGGUGCAGGCAGAUCUCGGGGUCCAUUUGGCAAAUUUGUUCCUCCAGUUCCAAAACAAGAUGGAAAUGAAAAUGGAGGAGCACAGUGUAAACCUCAUGCAAGAGGACCAACGGAUCCAUCACUGCCUGUAGAUGAACGACUGAAAAACAUAGAACCAAAAAUGAUUGAACUCAUUAUGCACGAGAUCAUGGACCACGGGCCUCCUGUCAGCUGGGAUGACAUUGCCGGAGUUGAAUUUGCGAAAGCUACGAUAAAAGAAAUAGUAGUCUGGCCUAUGCUGAGGCCAGACAUCUUCACUGGCUUACGCGGUCCUCCUAAAGGAAUUCUCCUCUUUGGUCCCCCUGGGACUGGCAAGACUCUUAUAGGCAAGUGCAUCGCAUGCCAGUCUGGAGCGACUUUUUUUAGCAUCAGUGCCUCUUCUCUGACUUCCAAAUGGGUGGGCGAGGGGGAAAAGAUGGUCCGUGCGCUGUUCGCUGUGGCACGAUGUCAACAGCCAGCAGUGAUUUUCAUCGAUGAAAUUGAUUCUCUGUUGUCUCAGCGUGGAGAUGGGGAGCAUGAGUCAUCAAGAAGAAUAAAAACUGAAUUUUUGGUCCAAUUAGAUGGGGCUGCAACCUCCUCUGAAGAUCGUAUUCUAGUGGUUGGAGCAACAAAUCGACCCCAAGAAAUUGAUGAAGCUGCCCGAAGGAGGCUAGUGAAGAGACUGUACAUUCCUCUUCCAGAAGCCUCAGCUAGGAGGCAGAUUGUUACCCGUCUAAUGUCAAAGGAGCACUGCUCUCUAGAUGAAGAGGAAAUCGAACUCAUAGUUAAGAAAUCAAAUGGAUUUUCUGGGGCAGACAUGACACAGCUCUGCCGAGAAGCUUCUCUGGGCCCUAUCCGCAGUCUUCAGUCCAUGGACAUUGCAACCAUCAUGCCAGAGCAAGUACGGCCUAUUGCUUUUCUGGACUUUGAGAGUGCCUUCAGAACCGUGCGACCUAGCGUCUCCUCGAAGGACCUAGAGCUGUAUGAAACCUGGAACCAGAUGUUUGGCUGUGGUAGAUAACAGCAUCCUAACUGUUUCACCGAAACAUUUCUUAAGUGCUGUCACAUAUUAAACCCAUGAUCAUUUUGGGUGUCUGCACUUCUUUUUAUUUCUGUCUUUGAAAUAAAUCUUCUUGUCCCUGCGCCACAUCUCUGCAGUCUAUCCCAGCUUCUUAUUAAAC